AUGAAAGGGUAUCCUUUUCCUGAUCGUGGUAGGCUCAGAAGACCCACAACAAUAAGUGUAACCUUCAGAUUGCCUGUUUCCUCGGCGCUUGGUUCUCGGAGCUUGCUCAACGCCUCGCCGAGCGGCCCACUCAGCAGCAAAAACACGAUCUAUCUGAUGCAGCUCAACCAUCUCCAUCUAAAGGAUGGUAUCAAUGCUGAACGCACCGACUUCUUCGAAACCGUUUCCGAGCGCGCUUCUGACACCCUCAAGCGUGCCGACAGCAGCUUUGACGAAAAGUCGAAACAUAAUGAACUCUUCACCACUCACCUCAAAUCGCCGCUUGCCGCCCUCGAACGAGAGAUGAAGUGCAUUAUAGCUCACAUGUACCCGCCCAACGCCCACGGCGGAUCAUCACCCAGGCCUCCUAUCAUUGUGGCCUUCGACGAGUGCGUCGAACUCAACAUCGAAAAAAACCCAGAUAUCAAUCAGCUCAACAGCCUCCGCCGCGCAUGGAAUUGGAUCAAUACCCAACAAGCCAGCGCCAAGACCACGACGUUCUGGCUUGUGUUGAUCAGUACCAGCAGCAGUGCGGCCGAUUUUGUCAAGCAUGCCCACCCCUUUCUUGCGCCUCGCAAGCUUCUGCGGACUCUCACAUCAUUUACUACGGACGACCGCUGUGGAAGACAUUCAAUUCUGGAAGCCUCUGGGAUGAUGGCCAACCACAAAUUGAUGGGUGGCGAAGACUUUGCCAUCCGCAAGACCGCCCACUGCUUCAGCAUCUUGGCGUCUCGUCUCGCGCUAAGCCUUUCGCCGACUGAAUCGCCAAACUCGGAACUCUUUGCAAGACAGAAGCAAUUCGUCGACAGCACAGUAGAUCGCCACAUGCGCAUUGUCACGCAUGUUACCAGCGAGGGUGUCAUGCACGUUGAAUCUCCAUCAGAGCCUGUGCUAGCCAUCGCUGCUUCCAAUAUCAUGCUGGCUCCCUACCUCCAGUCAGCUGAGAACGCGAGAGGCUACACGUACGCAGACAUCCUCAAGAAAUUUCAGCAAGAAUGCUUGCUCAACCCCGAUGUUGCCUUGCUGAAGGGCAGUUUCGGUGAACUUGCCCUCGCGGAUCAUCUUGAUGGUUGCUUGCGACGCCGUGAAGCGCAAAAAAAUCGAACAAACCGAGCCAAAGGAAUCGUCGGACACCCAGCACGUGGGCGCCAGCAUCUACGCCAAGCCCCCAAUCUCGCUGCGCUGCGCCAACGCCUUGAAGAUGUCUACGAUGCCGGCUCGCGCACCGAACGGCAUGCGAUUCCGUUCAGAGAUCAGUUGCAGUCGGCUUCCGCUACGCUGCCGAUGUGGAUCAACUUUACGCAUUUCGACUUGCUUCCCGAAGCGAUCAACAAGAUAACACCCGAAUUUCUAUGGCACUGCUGGAAGCGUGGAGUAGCCGUGCAAAUGGCGCACACACAGCAUGGCAUCGAUGGCAUCAUCCCGGUCUUUGUAGGUCAUCUCGACCGGCCCUUCGUUGAUGAGGGCGAGAGGCACGCUGCGCGCUACAUGACCUACAUUGCCUGGGAAGCAAAGAACCGAAGGGAUCCACAGAGCACCACGGUCCCUGCUAGUUCAGCGCCUGUCGUUGCUGGACCGGUGAUCAAGAGCGCCUCGAUGGCACCGCCAAACGAGAAGCCACUGACCGAACAGGCUCCUGUUGAUCGUGCUUUUCGACCUUGGCACAAGCACCGGGUUCAAGAAAGCGCAAGACGGCUCUCGACCGCAAGUGACGCCUAUUACCUGGUCAACAGUGUCCUCGGCUGUGCAUUCGGGGUUUUGCUCGGCCCGCACGCUUACCCCUGUCUCGACCUUUUCGAGGCCCGUUCAACCUUGGUGGAGAUUCUGUCGUCUAGCUCUGAUCCCGCACCAAACCCUCUCAACAUCAUCGAAAAGCCCAUGUGGAAUGAGCGCAUCCAGCCCGAGUCGGAUUCCAUUUAG